CCGCCCCCCAGACGCUCCAAGAGGGUUCGCAGACGUCCUCCGUAGCCAUUUUGGCUCAAGCGGUUUAGUUGAGUGUCUGGUCGUUCAGAGAAUAUGUGAUUGGCCCAGGCGCACAUACGAUAGGACACGAGCCCAGCGGUGCCGUUUACAUCUUCCCCGAUGGACGCUAGCAGCUCACCAGAGAGGGCUGCCCCAUGGACAUUCACGCGGCCAGCUCGUGGCCACUCCAGAUGGACGCUGAGCCGAUGGACGCUGGCCCGACGGAAGCUGACCCGAUGGACGCUGGCCCUUCAGGCCCCUUGCCAGUGGACGCCGGCCCAGGACGGCCCCCCGAGCGACUCCGGGGCCGGGCCGCGGCAGGGAGGGCCGCCGCGCUCGCGCGCGGGAGAGUGGUGUGGAAGGCCACCAGAGGGACUCCAUGGCCGCGCUGCGAGGACCGCCGUGGUGGCGGCGUCUGCGGUUGUGCGGCCCCUCGUGGGCUCCUCGGCCCGCGCGGGCGCCGCGGGCGCGCCGCUGGCGGCGAUCAGCACGCACAGCGCGGCGUUUCGCGAGCUGUUCGCGAACGUCGCCGAGCUCUGCUCGGCGCUGGCCAGUGCGGGGGCGUGCGUCCAGGAGGUCAUCAAGGACAUGAUCGGCACAAUCUGCGAGCCUCCGCGGCGACCCUUUGAGGAGAACGGCGCAGGAACGUGGUUAUUCUGGGCAAUGGAUGUUGCCGUCGUGUUCCUCAUCCUUGCAGCGUGCCUUUUCUUAUUGGGCUUCGCUACAAUGCCACGGGAAGGAACCGUCUUUUGCGUCGCGGGCACUGAGCUGACUUCCAAUGUUUUGGCUCUCGACGGAGUGGAUGAGGAGGAGGAUGUCGUGCGGCGUAUCAUCAAAGGCACCCGGAUGUUCGUAGCGGUUACGUUGCCGGUGUUCUCGAGCGGCCUGCUCAGCGUCAAGCACUGGCUGGUGCCCGCGCUCCUUUCUGGCUUGUGACUCUGUUCCGUGUCGUGCCCUUUUCUCGUUCUCUUAUCCCCUCUGGCGAUGCCUGUUCCUGCAACGAUCGUGGCCAGGCCCAUCCUGGUUCUGGGAUCUGUGUACACGUGCUCCCUCUUACCUGUGCCAGGAAUGCAUAUCCACAGCAGGCGGCACCAGCAGGGCGCAGGGGCGGAGCAUGCGGCGCGCGCCCGUCUCCGUCCCGCCACUUGCGGCGCGCCCGAGGGGGACGGCAUCGAGGACACCGACCCCGCCGAGGGCGGAUGCGAUGGUGAGGGCGAAAAGGCUGAUCAGGUAACUCGCACCUCACCGCAUAAGUUGUUUCACUGCUUCUCGUAGCCUCUGGGUUUCAGACCCGUGCGCGCUCGAGCUCUACCGGCAGUGUGGUCGGCGUGAGUCCAGGGCUGAUGCCACGCGCACAUUGGAUCCUUCGCAGGAUCACGAGCGGUGCGGGUCAGAAAGACUCAGAUGGGACAGAUCGGGGGGCAGCCUGGAACUCCCUUGUGGAGAUUCGGCUCUUCGGAGUUGUCACGCAUGUGCCGAGAUUGGCAUUCGCGCUUUGCAUUCGCAUUCAUCAGCACCUCCUGGUCAAUUAAUGCUGUCGGGCACAGGCGCGCAUCCAACUACUCGCGCGGUUGUUGGCAGACUGCUCUCGAAGUGGCGCUUGGUGUUUUAGACCAGGACACCAGCAACAACCCGUAGAUGAAUUUGUAUUUUUUCACGUAGGCGUUCAAUCUAGUUCCUGCGAAAACAAUGUUGUAGUAGUUGAACAUUAUUAAUUCUAAAUUCCUUGGACGCCCUCAGUUAUCUCAGUGAAGGGCUGCCGGUUGUUAGCUCAAUGGUUGACUGUUUUUCAUGUCGCCCCGCUCGCACGCGGCGAAUAGAGCCUGGCGCAACGGCAUUGCCCACGAUUCGGACGGCCGGGCAAGCUAAGGCCGCCUUCACCCUCCUCCUCACGUUUGUGAGGAGGAGGAGGAGAGAGGGAGGGGAGUGUCGCACGACGUCGUGCUGACGGGCUGCCUGGCCAGCCGAGCAGGUGCCGGCCUCGCGAGGCAGGAGCACGGCCAAGGGGGGCUGCGCGGGCGGAGGGCCGCAGGAGCCCACGCGGGAGCUGCCCGCGCUUCCGCGGGAGGCCUGCACCGCGCAGGGAGGCCGGCUGCAAACUUCUCGGGCUACCACGAACAAGCUUCUGUGCAAGUAACUCCUCGUCCGCGUGCACGCGGCGAUUGGCCAGAGCCGCAAGCAGACCCGCACCGCGUGUCGGCAUCUCUAGGCAGGAUGUGCAUUGCGCCUUGCUGGUGACAUGUGUUGCCUUGGACGACAAGCUCCAGGAUCAGAGGUAUUGUUGAUUCAAGUCUGCACGCGGCAAGUCUGACAGACUUCGGAGGUGGCGGGGAGGACGC